AUGGCGACGCCAAGCCUCCGCGGUCGACUAGCACGGCUUGGGAACCCGCGGAAGCCUAUACUGAAGCCCAAUAAGCCCCUCAUCCUAGCUGACCAUGUCGGGGAACGGCGCCGGGAGAAGGGCGAGGCGACCUGUAUCACGGAGAUGUCGAUAAUGAUGGCCUGCUGGAAGCAGAAUGAAUUCCGCGACGAAGCGUGCAAAAAAGAGAUCCGAGACUUCUUCGAUUGUGCUUCGCGGGCUGAGGCAGCCCGAAAAAUGAGAUCAAUCCAGGAGGAUCUGGGAGAGUUGGGGACUUUACCCCCCAAGAAAUUGAAUAAGCUGCUACAAAGGUUUCCUAACAAACCUCACGUCAGCUGA